GCACCAUCCUCCCUUAGAAUAGAGCCAGUUGGUAGAUGGUUUGAAGCAAGCCUUCAGCGACGUCAGCAUGGUCUUUCGUCUCAUCAUUCAAGUUCCAGUUCAAGUUCAAGUGCAAGUUCUGAAGUAAAUCUCUCAUCUGAUGAAGAGGAUCCUAACUUUUUACUUACUCUUGAUCCGUCAGAAUGGAAGGUAGAGUUUAUGUAUUCUAUAUAACUAUUAUUAUGUAGCAGUCAAUUCCAAAACCAACCACUCCUUCCCCUCUCCCGGUGCAUACCCUAGCCAUUUGACCGCCGUUUUGCCCAUACAGUGGGGAAUUUGACCCAAAAUGAGGCCUGCCCAGACGGUCAUUUGACCCCUUUCGUGUCAAAAUGCUGGUCAGCGUCGCAAGCAAAAGGAUUUUGUAAUUCUUACUGCAUUCAGUAUGAGCAUGGUGUUUACAGCUCUUUGCUCCUAUAUUCACUGUUUUGUUGGAGCUUUGAGAACCUUUGAAAAAGCCUGUAAAGGGGGGCUUUCUGGAAUGUACAAUUUUGUGUAAAUGAAAAAACCUCCAUAAGACAGUUUUCUGAGACUUUGAGAUAUUUCGGAUGUGUAUAACAAUGUUUAUAUUUGAAUAAAAGAUUUGAUGCAUUGGGAAAUUUUGGAACAGUUGCUGGUGGGUGGGGGAUUUGAUGCUUUUUGAAGUGCUAGCCAGUGGGCAUUUGACCAUCUAAACAGCCAACACACUGGGCAAUUUCACCAAAAUUUUUCAAAAACUUCAAAUGCCCAGGGGGAAGAAGGAGGGGGCAUGGGCGGUUUUGGGAUUGACCGGUUCAUUACCUUAACAAACAAGACUGUCACAGAGCUGUUACGUAUAACUUAAAGAUACUUUUUUCUGUUUGUUACAAUAAUACAUUCAUUUUGUGUAAAAGGAGGAAAUUUGGUUCUUGCUCUUUCCACGUUUUUAAGAAACUUUGCAAUUUUACGGUGUUAAAAAUCUGGCCAGGUUUUGUCAUACUGUUUAAAAUUAAUAUUGGUUGUCAAAUAUUGGAAUUGUUAAACAAUGUUGUGCUAUUUUCUAACUGCAAACACUGAACCACGACACAUAUUUUAACAAUAAAUUUCUAAAAAUUAAAAUUUGCAUCGUCAUGGUUAGGUGAUGAUUGUGUUUUUUUUUGUUCUGAGAUUUAGUGUUAACAUGUUUAUGACAUGUUCAUGAGGCCUUAUGUGCCACAAGGCACAAAGAAGAUAGGUGAACGUGAAUGUUUAUGACAUUCAUUUUGCAGCAACAAGAUCAUUACAAGGUCCUUGGACUUGAGAAACUUAGACACAAAGCCACAUUAGGAGACAUCAAGAAAGCAUGUAAGUUUGUCAUAUUAGGCAGCAACAGUUUUAAUCAAAUUUUUAUGUCUCAUACACAUGUGGUUAUGCAAGGCUCUUUCCCAAGGAGCCUUGUGUGAUUACACAAAUGCAUGAAUUGAUGAAUUUUAACUGUGCGAUUACACUCAGGAUGUGGUGGUGUAAGAAAGAAAUUUUUCAGUUGAAUAGAACAUUGAAUUUUUUUGUCAUUAGAAGUUUUGUUCCCGGAGUUCACACCAGCUUUUUUCUAUGCACCUUCAUUCCUUUUUCAAGUUAAGUUAAACUCUAUUAGCAAAUUGGCCUCCUCCCAUAGCUCAGUUGGUAGAUCACUGCAGCACUAAAUCAGAAACCAUGGGUUCAAAUCCUGUUGAAGUUCUGAAUUUUUCGUUUUUGGGGGGGAGGGGGUUAAUUUUCAAUAUUGCUGAAAUAACGCUUACAGCUAUGAUGUUCAUAUCUUCGAUUUCAUUUAUCUUCAUGGCAGUGAAAUAUUUGAUUUCUCGGACCUUGCUGCUUCGAACAAAGUCUUGAGUUAGGCUUUCCUUUCUCUAACAAUGAUAUAAAAGUCUGUAAAUUAUGUUACUUUUUUAGUUAAAAAGAAAGUCCUGAAACAUCACCCAGACAAGAAGACAUCAAAUCCAGAUGCCAGUGACUCAAAGAUUUCUGAACAGAGCCUCUUUGCGUGUAUAACCAUUGCAAAUGAUAUUUUAAGCAACAAAUUUAAGAGAAGAGCAUAUGACAGUGUUGAUCCUUACUUUGAUGAUUCAGUUCCUUCAGUUAAUUCCAACUCCAAGAGUAAUUUUAUUGAAGUAUUUGGUCCGGUCUUUGAAAGAAAUUCAAGGUAAGAUUACUCUGUCAAGGUAAGAUCACUCACGACAAUUCCUCCAUAAAAAUAAUGUGUAACUAGGACGUUUGACGUUUUAGUCGUACAAAACAGCGUUGUAGUCGUGCAAAACAACGGCAAGGGAAAGACAGAAAAGCGUGCUGCUCGUGCAAAUUUGGUUUUUGCUAAUUAGAAGAAAAAGUGUACUGCACGUGCAAUUUGGUUUUUUGCUAAUUAGAUCUAUCAGACUUGAAGCCAUUUUCAUUGUCGUCCCCGUUUAGCAUUACACGAUUUAAUUUUUUUUGUUUACACGUAGUAUUGACCAGAGCUUCGCUUUUAGCUCAGGGAAUCUAUGUAUUACUGAAGUUUAUUAUCUAACAACUCUGUUAUUUUUAGAGCUCAAGUUGAGCUUACUGUUGCCCACAGAUGAAUUUUAAGAUUCCCUCUUAGAUUCUACAAAUUGCAGUCUGUGAAAUUUUGUUUUACUGUAGGUGGUCGAAUCUUCAACCAGUGCCAUCGUUAGGAGAUAAUAAUUCUACUUUUGAAGAAGUUGAUAAUUUUUACAGUUUUUGGUAAGCUUCUUUUCUUGUGUGCACUUUUAACUAGUUGGUUAAUACACGAUUUUUGCUGAUAUCCAGUGUAAUUGUUUCUUCUCGACAGGCUUUCUUUGUACAGUACAAUUUGGUAUCAAAUUUACUUUUGGAGCGCAAAGUUUUUUGUAUUGCAAUUGUAAAGAAAAGGUCGUUUAAGAAGGGGCUGAAUUUUCGCUGUUUCUUUCUCGCGGAAGUUUAUUCUUGGGAAUCUUUCGAAAAUCCGCGAAAUUCACAAGAACCAGAUCCCGCAGUAUUGCUCGUUUGCACGUGACGACACGGCGGCCAUGUUGGUGGUCAAGAACAAAAGCAUUUCUCUCCUUUGGGAACUAAACUCCAUUUUCAUGUAAAUUUUUGGAGCAAAAUUUCUAGUGUGUUAACCCCCAACAUGGCCGCCUUGUCACGUGGUUGCAAGUCAAGAAUUCAUUGUAACGCUUCUCUGUUAUUUUGUUGUAGGUAUAAUUUCGAUUCUUGGAGAGAAUUUUCUUAUCUUGACGAAGAGGAAAAAGAAAAAGGCGAAAAGUAAGUAUACUCACGAUUAAUUUUUUGAUUUUUGAUCUUAAACUUGCACCUUUUAACCUUUUUUUUGUUACUUUAUCACAGCCGUGACGAAAGGAGAUGGAUUGAAAAACAAAACAAAGUCAUGCGACAAAAGAAGAAAAAAGAAGAAGUUACUCGCAUUAGGAAUUUAGUUGGUAUGUUUCUCUCAGUCAUGGCUUGCAAGCAAGCCCUCCAAUUUAUAGCGAGCGACGCGAGCAGCGAAUGAACGCGCAAACGAGCGGUGAUAGCCUUCGUGGCGCGAAUGCUAAGUGACGAGGGCGCGAGGGGCGGAGGAAAACGAUCCCACUCGCGUCUUGUUUCGCUUUCGGCUCUCGCGUGACCUCUCGCGACGACUCCCCCAAAUUUAGAGCUUGCUCGUAGGCUAUCUCAGAGUAGUUUUUACGUCGUUACUGAUUUUUUAUGUACAUACCGUUGGUUGUAGAUAAUGNGAAAGGAGAUGGAUUGAAAAACAAAACAAAGUCAUGCGACAAAAGAAGAAAAAAGAAGAAGUUACUCGCAUUAGGAAUUUAGUUGGUAUGUUUCUCUCAGUCAUGGCUUGCAAGCAAGCCCUCCAAUUUAUAGCGAGCGACGCGAGCAGCGAAUGAACGCGCAAACGAGCGGUGAUAGCCUUCGUGGCGCGAAUGCUAAGUGACGAGGGCGCGAGGGGCGGAGGAAAACGAUCCCACUCGCGUCUUGUUUCGCUUUCGGCUCUCGCGUGACCUCUCGCGACGACUCCCCCAAAUUUAGAGCUUGCUCGUAGGCUAUCUCAGAGUAGUUUUUACGUCGUUACUGAUUUUUUAUGUACAUACCGUUGGUUGUAGAUAAUGCUUAUACUUGCGAUCCAAGAAUAAAAAAGUUCAAAGAAGACGAGAAGGAAAGAAAACUUGCAGAAAAGAAAGCCAAAGAAGAUGCGGCGCGGGCAGCUGCAGAAGAAAAAGAACGAGUGAGUAUUGACAUACUAUCUAUCUGAGUGUCCAGCUUUUAAUUAUUUGCUCUCUAUGAGAGAAUUUUAGGCUCAUUUAGUUCGGUUAAUUUUACCAGAGAUCCUCGUUACGUCGGAUUCCGAAAUAUCUUCAAAAUAAGACUCUUCAUUUGGGAAAUUAGCGCAUUUCGUACCUUGUGGCCUUGUCUAUAGCCACAUCCGCUAAGCUUUCUUCUGAAGUACCUUUGCAGUAGUUUCUUGGUGUUGCAGAUGGGUGCAAUCACCUAAUGACGUAAUACAAAAGAUUGAAAAUACAGUAGAACCUCGAUAACUCGAACUCAGAUAACUCUAAUUCCCCGCAAUUUCCUUUGCCUUGAUCAAAAUUUCACUGAAAGUUACCCUGAUAACUCGAAUUCCUCUCUAACUCGAACUGUUUUUCGUUUCCCUUCAGAGUUCGAGUUACCGGGGUUCUACUUAUACUGUACACCAACAAUACCCACACCACAACACAAAAGUGAACAAAUGGUUUUCUCGACACCAAGAAACACAUAUUUUUGAAGAGGCACGAGAGAGGCACCUUUAAUAUGCCUCGGACAGGGAUAAUCCGGCACAAGUGACCUCCUUUCAUUGACAUUUAUCCGCACCAAGUCCCAUUCAUAUUGUAUUGUAAUCGCUGCAUCUCCUGACUAGCUCUGCUGGUGGCCAGCGGCGGGAGAUUUCAGCAGGGCGCCCGUCUUGCGCGCGCUCAAGAAGCUAAACAAGCGAACUUUCUUGCAGGCUGCUUGAUAAAAUUUAACGGCUACGCUAUUACUCUUUCACUCCUAGCAAAGACUUGAAGCUCUUGAAAAAGAAAGAAAACUUAAAGAACAAGAAGAACAAGAAGCUAGAGAAAAGGUGAAGAAACUACUAAACUGAUUUUCAUCGUAUCUUUCAACACAAGGGCCUUUAAAACCGUUGCCUGAACCCCGACUUAGUUUAAACGGUUUUAAUCGUUAUUUCUCCGUACUUUAAGCGAGUGUAAAUUUCUCUUUCCAGAACUGAAGUUCCGUUCACACCAAGGCGUCGAUAAUGUUUGUCUAUACCAUAGCUGAUUUGAAAAUAUCCAGGAUAAAAAUAAAUAUUUGAGACAGACAUUAUUGAGGCAUCUCCGCUCGGUUUUUCAGGUGAAAAUGGAAAAAAUAAAAACCAAGUGAUUAAGUAAUAUCGUCGCUUUUGUAUCACAAUGCAGUUACUUGUGAUGUUGAUUGCUACUUUUCGACUAGUUGCCUGUCAUCUUGUUGUUUAGAUAAAGCAGGCUAGAAACGAUAUCCAAACGUCCGCUCAUGUUUAGAUUUUUAAACGAACUUUAUUAGGGAUCACAAUUGUUUAUGUUUUUUAAAUUGUUUUAUAGGCGCAAGCAGCCAAAGUAGAAAAAACAAAACUGAAGAACAUAAUGAAAAAAGAACGAAAAACCAUACGGACAGUAAUAAAGGUGUGUUACUUGCUUUCCCUUUGUUAUGUGUACUAGUUGCGCUUGAUGGUCCGUUACUGUAGAAACAGAUGGAGUGGUAACAUUCUUCAGGAAAGGACUCUUAGUCAAGACAAAUUCAGGGAUAGUGUGAAAAACUGAAAGGCUAGGAUUGAUUUUGUACAUAGGGGCAGUUGUUCCAAUAAAAUAUACAGCAUUUACAGCAUUCCGCAUACAGUAUUAGGCCAUUUCAAAGGCCAAGAACGGCCAUUUAGAGUCAUUUAAGCCAAAUCACUCUUGGGUGGAGCUAAACUGCUUAUUUUUAACUUCCUUUUGACAGAAUUAUGAUUAUUUUGUCGAAGACGAAGAGACACGAAUUCGUGAAAUGGAGGUGAUGGACCGGCUACUCGAAGUAAUUUCUCUUGAAAAGUAAGAACCUCUUUUUUCUGUAAAUAAGUCGUAAGUUUCAAAAUUAUGCUGUUGGCCACGUGGAAUUUCUGGAGUCAGUAUCCAGACAAGGGAGAAUUUCAGUGUUGAUUGUAGGGAUAUAUGGGUUAAGGUACAAGUAUUAUACAGCGUAAUGAGUAUUUUCUUUGUAUGAUCCAGUUUACAGACGUUCAGAGAAGGUCUUGAAGCGGCUGGAUCGAAAGAGGAAGUUAAAGUAAUUUACGAAAAAGAGGUAGGGAACAACGUUGCCAUAACUUGUCAUUAACAGGUUUUGUAUCGUAAAUUCUAACCAAUUUGAAUGUAUGUUUUGAACAGUAUAUUAUUUCUGACUUACCCAAAGCCUUCGCUUCCGUAUGUUGAACAAUACUGAAUAAGGCUGAGUAUACGCGUCUUGCACGCUAGACGCGUGGCCCUGUGUAGCAAGCUUUUCGAGUCUAUCACGUCAUGCCCGGAUCACAAACAUGUGCCCGUCUUACCUCCUAAGAGAGAACACAGACAUAAUCUAAGACAGUCCAGGGCUUAUGCCAUGCCCCGCACACAUACAAAUCGUUUUAAGAACACUUUUAUUCCAAGUAUGUGUACAUAAUUUUUUGGACUAGUUUGUACCUAGUUAUAUAUAGAGAGUUUUUCGCAUUUUUAUAGAAAUGUUUUUUGUUAUAAUUUCAAUUAGUAUUUCUAUUUUUGGAAUUUAUUUAAUCUUAGUUUUAAGUAAUUGUAACGCAAUUCAGUCUACGGACUGCCAUGUUCGAUAUUUUAAUAAACUAUCUAUCUAUCUAUCUAUCUAUCUAUCUAUCUAUCUAUCUAUCUAUCUAUCUGUCUGUCUGUCUGUCUGUCUGUCUGUCUGUCUGUCUGUCUGUCUGUCUGUCUGUCUGUCUAUCUAUCUAUCUAUCUAUCUAUCUUAUGAAGAAUUAUGGAGAUCGAGGAGGGUGUUAUCCGUCGAGGCCGUAAAUAUUCUCCAAAUAGCAGAUGUUACCCUUCGAGUUGUCUUCUUGCUGUUCUUGCCAUGUUUUUAGCUAUUAUUUUGCCUAGUUCUUACUCUUGAAACAAGUGAAAUGUCUGCCAUUUUUUUGUUUCCUCAACCAAAACAACUCAACCUCGUCCCCAGGUCUUCUCGGUUAACGGUGCAUUAACCUGCAAAAACGCUGCAUUUUUGACGUCAUUUCCUCGUUAAACACAAAAUUGUUCCAAAUUUGGUCAUCAGCAACUGGUUAUGGUGAAUUAUGCGUGUGCUUUUAGCCAACCAGAAUCGGAUAUAUUUGGAAUGAAUAAUAAUUGCUUUUUAGAUGGAACAGAUGAGAGAAAGAAUGAGACAAGAGGCCAUAGCCGCGACAAAACAAACAACAAAGACUAAAGAAGAAGGAGAAGAAGUGACUGAUGACUGGACUGAAGAGCAAACGCAGCUUCUUAUUAAAGCUGUUAACCUCUUUCCUGCUGGAACUGCCUCCAGGUAAACCUCGACGUGAUGUAAUUUCUUAGAGUUCCGGAACGUAUUUGUGCGGCUCAGUUUUCGAUUUCCCGGAUCUUGAAAUAACUGAGGAGCAAGGUAUCAGUGUGACCCGGAGGAGGACCACGGAGAAAUGUUGGUCUUGUGCAAGUACUAUUGAAGAGGUUUCGUUUUAAUGGUCACACGAUAGGAUUUCAUCCACAGACUCAAAAAUAAGAACUACGAACUAAAUAAAUAGUAUCAUGUGAAAGUACUACCGAAGAGGUUUCAUUUAAAUAGUAACUCCAUAGGAUUUCAUCCACAGUCUCAAAAGUGAGAACUACAUACUAAAUAAAUAGUACCUUGUGGAAGUAUUGCUGAAGAGGUUUCAUUUGAAUGGUAACACCACAGGAUUUCAUCCACAGACUCAAAAAUUAGAGCUACAUACUACAUAAAUAACACCAUGUGAAAGUACUGCUGAAAAGAUUUUAUUUAUAGAGGAUACACCAUAGGAGCUCAUCCACAGACGCAAGAGUUAGAACUACAUACUAAAUAAAUAGCACCAUGUAUAAUACUGCUGCUGAGGUUUUACUUGGUAACACUAUAAAAUUUUAUCCACAGAUUCAAAAAGUUGGAACUGCGUUCAUUUAUGUCUUCAAGACUGACGCUGAAAGUUUAAGGGUUAAUGGGCUAUGUUUUGGUUUUGUUUUUAGAUGGAAGGUGAUUGCUGAUUACGUCAAUAUGCAUUCAAAGACUGGCACCGAACGAGACUCGAAGCACGUCAUAAAAAAAGUCAAGAACUUGAAGAAACUAGGUUUGUGCCAUGCAUGUUUUACUCUGUUUCCAUGUAAGCUGUCAGGUUUCAACUUGUUUCCAGCCAGGCUUCUCUCUUACUCGUCCCUACGGAGUGACGAAUAAGAGAGAACCCUAGGAACCAGGUUGGGCAGGUGCAUGCAUCUGUGUGCCGCGCAACAGUAAACAGGAAACUUGUGUUAAAGGCGAAAGUAAUCCGAACAAACAAACAAACGAAUCCGAUCAUGUAGGCGGUAGUAAGGACCAGCGGGCAUCUACAUAAGUGCGUGCGCUUAAAACACUGCAAAAACAGCCAACAAGUGUAAGAUAAUAUCGUGUAUACGCAAAUAAGUACGUGUUUUUCUCUGAUGGUCAAAGUAAGCCAUGAUCCCUUUGAGUUGAUUGAGAGAUCAUUUUGUACAAUUUGCGACUCAUAACAUUUAGUUCAACUUUGAGAUGUGAUCAGAUUUCUAAUGACGAAAUUUUAUUAUCAACAGAUCCGUCUCAAAAACAGGAGGUCAACCGAAAAGCUUUUGCGAAGUUCGAUAAAGAUCACAGCGGGAGCAGAACAGCAACAGCCGCGGCAGAAUCUGAUCCAACUGUUAGAUAUAAUGGUAAGGUCACGUUAUCCACUUGUCAGAAGUACAUGAAAGGAUCCUGUACUUUGGGAUUCAAACGAUCGUUUUAUCAUUCAAAGUUAAAGCUCAACGUUAAUUUUUCAUGGACUGUCUCGAGUCUUUUCAAAUCUAUUGCGCGAGAGCGAGGCGAAGACGGUGGAUAUGAUUAUGUGAACCCUGGCUCGUAUACAGCUAUUUCGAGAAAGGUUGUCGGAAAAAGUGCACGCGACAAUCCCGAAAGGUAUUGUGAAUGGUUUUGAGUUCACUGUUUUUCAAAGAAAUUUUGAGAAGAAUGGCACGAGAGGCCAUGGACGUAUGUUUGCGAUAGCUAAAGGAAAGCAACAAAAGUAGGUUCGAAAGCUACAGUGUCAGGAACAGUGAAUUGAUCGUAUCCCAUAUUACCUUUCGGGAUUGUCGCGAGCACAUUUUUUCCGACAACCUUCCUCGAAAUAGCUUUAUGUAGGUUGCGUAUGUUGCCUCCUGGCUUUCCCCACCCACCCUCCCCCACUAAAUACAUCGUUUAUUUGAGAAGGGAUGUGUAGAGAGUCUAAAACCUUCAUAUCAAUCGUGGAUGUGAAGAGUAAGUUUUUGCAUGAAUCUAGUUUGAAAUUUUAUCGUAUUUAAAAACUGUUUUUUGUCUUCCUUAGGAAGCAAUGCUGCGGAAGGUACCCAACAGACAACUGAUAGACCUUGGACUUCAGAGGAACAAAAGGUAAGAAAUGACUGUGUCAGUUUGAGUUUAGAUGAGUGACACAUAAUUCUCUUCAGUCUAACAUUUUCACUUUCUUUUUCCACAUUUAGCUUUUAGAGAAUGCCUUACGAUCAUAUCCUACCAAUACAGCCGAGAGAUGGGAGCGGAUCGCUGAAUCUGUACCGGGAAGAACGAAAAAAGAAUGCAUGAAAAGAUACAAGGUUAGUCAAGGCUUUAGUGAGGUUUUCGAUUUAUUUUGAAAGCAAUUUAAUUCAAUUUUGAAUUACUGAAGUUAUUUUGCAUUCCAAAUUGGACCAGAAAUAGGUAAACAAACUUGCCUUUUAUGCAUCUUACGUUUCUGCGCGCGUUAUUCAUUCUUUUUGGUCAUUUAUUUGUAGGAGUUAGUUGAGAUGGUGAAAGCCAAGAAAGCUGCACAAAGCAAGGGAAAAGUCGCCUGA